AUGGAACCGGUAGACGCGGCAUCCGACGAAGAAAUGGGAGAGUCAGACGUUGGCAAUUUGUGGUCGCUAGAGGGCGGUUCGUCGAAUACCGCUGUUCUACAGUCUGACGCUGUGAAUGUUCUGGAGCCGAAGGUGCUCCCUAUUUGUGCCACGGUACUCGUGGAAGGUCAGUCGCUACAUAUGGAAGUUUAUACGGGGGCCGUCUACUCGGUGAUUGGCGAAGCGGAGUUCACGAGGCUGUUUCCAGGGAUGGUGCUAGAAAAUUCCGAUCUCAAGCUGAGAGGUUACUUCGGCGAUCAAUCCGUGGUCGGAGGGAAAGCGACAGUGGUGGCCAAAUUUGGAGGAAAGCACGCUCGACUACCAUUGUUCGUCGUCAAGAGCGGUACGCGAGCCCUGCUAGGAAGGAACUGGGCGAAAGCUUUUGGUAUGCCGCUCGACAGUCUGCUGAACGUGCACUUGGUCGAUGACCUGAAGGACAUGAUAAGCCGAUUUCCUGAUGUGUUUUCAGAAGGUCUCGGUAACUUUGCAGGAGUGAAGGCCAAGAUAAGAGUGCCAGAGGACGUGAAACCACGUUUCUUCAGGCCGAGACCAGUACCAUUUGCUUCGAAGGACAUGGUGGCGCAGGAACUACAGCGGUUGCAGCGAGAAGGUAUCCUCAGGCCAGUGCGGACCGCGGAAUGGGCAGCACCGUUGGUUCCAGUUUUGAAGAAGGAUGGAAAAAUCCGAUUGUGCGGGGACUUCAAGGUCACGGUAAACCGGGCAGCAGGUAUCGAGAUGUACCCAGUGCCACGGGUCGAAGAAAUCUGGGCACAGCUGGCGGGAGGCGUGAUGUUCUCCAAGUUGGAUCUUCGGGAUGCUACCAGCAAGUGGAGUUGGAUGAGGUGUCGAAGAAAUUGGUGA